CCCAGCAUCAUCUAGCGGUCUUUGUUGCAAUCUUGGUUGAUUGCCGUGCAUUCAAUUGCUUUCAAAUCCUCAACUGAGCAGCUAUGAACAGUAAUUCAGAAGAGUCUAAGGAUCCGGAACUAAGGAGGGUUCAUACGACCAAGUCGUAUACCUUCGAAGGGCAAAGGGGAUGGCGACGCUAUCGGGCUCUUCGACCCGGGCUAGGGAUGUGGCACGAUGUAAAGAGGCGUCUGCCGUACUACUGGAGUGAUCUUGUCGAUGCCUGGACAUAUCGAACAUUUGCUAGUACUGUCCGAAUGUACUUUGUCAACCUUCUACCUGCGAUCGCAUUCACUUUGGAUAUGACGCGGCGCACUGGCGAAUUCUAUGGGAUCAAUGAAGCCCUCUUCGCUUCUGCUCUGGCUGCCAUGGUUUUUAGCAUCCUAUCAGCGCAGCCUUUGACUAUUGUUGGCGUUACGGGUCUGAUAUCCCUCUUCAACUAUACAACGUAUGAUAUCAUAAAGCAAUACGAUGUCACCUUGUACCCACAGUUCAUGGCUUGGGUAGGAAUUUGGGGUUCUAUAUUUCACUGGAUUGUUUCCUUUCUGAACUACUGCGAUUAUAUGAAGUAUAUUACCGACUUCUCCAGCGAGUCUUUUGGGUUGUAUGUCGGCAUAAUCUAUAUCAUAAAGGGUGUUGAGGAGCUUGUGAAUGAGUUCAGUGUUGCUGGAAGUACUGCAGGGUAUCUGAGUUGCCUAAUUGCAAUACUUUACUUCGGAUCCGUUUACGCUCUCGAAAAACUCGGUUCCAGCACCAUGUGGAAGCCUUGGUGCCGCAGCAUUCUUGCUGAUUAUUCUUUCAUAUUUCCAACUUUAUUCUGGGUCGGUUUUGCUCAUUUCCCAGGGCGUCUACACCACUCCGGUAUCACGUAUGUGCCUAUCCAUAAGGCAUUUCACCCCACUCAACCGCGAAGUUGGCUUAUCGACUUCUGGAACCUUGAUGCAAAAUGGGUCUUCGUGGCGUUGCCGUUUGGGUUUCUACUUAUGUUAUUGUUUUACUACGAUCAUAACGUGAGCAGCCUCACAGCUCAGGCUCGCCAGUUUCCGUUAAAGAAACCUGCUGGAUUUCAUUGGGACUUUUUCCUACUUGGCUGCACCACGUUCGUAGCUGGCAUCCUCGGACUUCCUCUGCCAAACGGACUUGUACCUCAAGCACCAGUUCACACCGAUUCGCUGACCAUUUAUGAGACUCAUGUCGAUGUUGUGCGUACGAUAGAUGGAGGGGAAUUACGUAGACCUCGCGUGGAAGCUACUGCUGUCGUCGAACAACGCGUAUCUCAUUUCCUAAUGGGUCUUGCUCUUAUCGGCACCAUGACAGGUCCACUCCUAGUAGUGCUGCACACCAUGCCAGCCGCAGUAUUUGGGGGGGUCUUCUUUCUUGUUGGUUGGGGCUCUAUAGAAACGAAUGGUGUCCUCCAAAAGCUCAUCUACCUCCAAGCUGAGACCCGGUUCUUAGAAUCGUCCCAUCCUUUGACAACCAUUCGCAGGCGUAAGAUCGCUCUUUAUAUCAGCCUCCAGAUACUUGGUGUUGCAGCCACAAUAGCCAUUUCCCAAAGCAUUGCAGCAAUCGGAUUUCCCGUCCUGAUAAUCGCACUGAUACCGUUGCGAACAUUUCUGAUGCCAAAGUGGUUUACCAGGAAGGAAUUGAGUGUGUUGGACAGUUUGACAGCUAAAAACAAAGCCGUGCUUGCCAGUCUCGGGGGAAGACCGCAAGACAUUGGUUAUUUUGAUGAGGGAGAAGAAGCUGCUGGAGCGAUAGAGGGUAUAGACAGCGAAAGAGAUAAUAUCGUGGGGUUAAGGUUGGAAAGAAGUCGGAGCAGAGGUGCGGUCAGACAACGAAUGGGUAGUAUCACAAGGCAGUCAACAGAGCAUUGA